CAUUACGUGACGAUAUGAUACGAGUCAAUAACUUGCGUAACCUUUUAACUAUAUCGAUUGUAUAAAAACGUUUCACAAUCAAAUACUAUCAUUAGGCGAAGUCUUUGUUUUGUUACGGUAGAGCCAGUUGUAUGUCCAGUUACCCUUAAGAAAUAAAUGAUCUGUCCCACACCAGACCACCACGGAAAAUGGCGACUGUGAAAUAGAUGGAAGACGAAAGUAAGAAAUUAUUCAAUGCAGCGUUUACAUUGUGCCCUGUCUCCAUCCGCACCGCUAGGAGGUCAUGGCAGCUGAAAUGUCAUGUCUGACAGGUGUUGAUGAAGACGACAAAGAUGCAGAUCCUGAGAUCAAUGCCCUCACACUCCUGCAAGAGCCAGUGAGAAUGGCACAAGAUUCAGCCAGUUGCACCGAUUCUUUUGGCAAACCUUCUCUAAAACAAAACAGUGUUCUAGAUGUUCUGUCAAACACUGAUAUGUUGUCUCCGGUUGGCCUGGGAAAUGGGCCUUCAUCGCAUCAGGCUACACAAGCCCAUGAACUCAACAACAUCUCCACAGAUAAAGAGGAGGCAAAGAGCAUCACCCCACUAAAAACUGUGCAGGAAAUUGAUACUGCAGGAAUUUGGGGGUUUGAUGUCGACUCACCUGAGAACUCAUUAGAUAACUUUAGUAGCGCCAGUGACCUUCAUUGGGACCCCCACAAAGAGUUUAUGCAGUUUCUGUGGGAGAACCAUGGCGAUUCACCUGGUGAGGAGCCUAAAGAUGAAGUCCCUUCUGCCAACAGCCAAAGGAGAAGGAAGCGGAAAAUGGACAUGGUUGUCAUGGUGGAUCCCUCAGAAGAACUUUAUCCUGAUCUGAGCCACAAGUCAUCUGAGGAAUUGUCUGAUGCUGAAGACCAAGUAGACUCCCUUCCUGUCAGGAAAGUCAGAAACUCAAAAAAGUUCUCCCAGUUACAGCCGUCACCAACUGGGAAAGUUCCCACGUAUCCCAAUGGAACUGUAAAGGCCAUUAAGGAAAUUCUUUACAAUGCACCUGCAAGAAAUUCACAUGAGAACAGUAUAGGUCAUGGGCUUUCACCAUUGAAAGGGAGGCUCACCAUGAAUUCUCAUUCAGAGGAAAAGCCAUCAUGUUAUCCUUGCUCAAAAUGUAAGCUCAUUUUCAAUAAAGAGCAUCAUUUGCAUCGUCAUAUGAAGUCUCAUGUUGACUCACCAAAUAUCUCGCCAGAGCCUUUUAUAUGCCGAGAAUGUGGACAGUCCUUCAGACUAAGUGUUUCGCUGAUUGAGCACAUGUCCAUCCACAAAGAAAAAACAGCAAGACUUACUGAGGAGAUCAAAGGCGUGAAUGAUAAAAACAAAGAGGACAAAAAGAAGCUAUUCUGUCCCUCAGUGCGCAUUUGUUACAAACUGCCCCAACACAUUUGUUCAACAUGCGAAAACACACGAGAAGGACAGAGAGAAAGUUCAGAUGUGACAAAUGUAGCUUCAGGACAAUGAGUGAGACGGAAAUUUAGGAGACAUGACAUUAUGCCGCAUAUUACUGUUAGAAAGAAAAUCCAGAAUGAUGAUGACUCUGAAAUCUUUUCCUGUAACAUUUGUUCUUAUAGAGCUUUAAGCAAAAGUGUUUUUAAGAAUCACCUUCUGCGCCGCCAUCAACAAACUUUGGAGGAAAAGGGAGUUGAACCGCUCAUUGAUAAAAUUGAAGAACCAUCUAAGGUGCCGCAUGUGCCUACUACUAAAACGUCUGUAGAAGAUACAGAGAUUACAUCUAAAAUCUCUAUAAAAAAUCAGAUCCCUUCCAAAAGAGCUUGUUCACCUAGCGACUCCAAUGAUAUUUCUGACUUAUUCAAAAAUAGCAAGAUUAAGAGAGGUCUCAAGUCUCCACUAACAGAGUCAAAGCUGGAUAAAUCCAUAAAUGUUCUUCUGUCCCGACAAAGACAUGGAAAGAAAACUCCUGAACAGAGGAAGGAAAGCAAUAAUCUCAGAACUUCUGUUCAGGAUUCCAAAGGUGACAGUGAUGGCUCUGAUCAGUUGCCAAGAACAUUGACUAUCAAGGUUGAAGAUUCAGCUUCAUCCCCAAAUGGCCAUUGGAUGGCAUCCACUGCAGCCGAAAUAGAUCAGUCAACAGUCAGAAAGUCACCGUCUAAAAGGAAGAUGUCCAUCCCGUAUCGCAACACCUUUGAACAAGACUCAUGCUUCAUCUUGCCAAAACCUCUGCUAAGUCCCAUGAAAAUGAACCAAGAAGAAGACGAAGAUGAUGAUGAUGAAGAAGAGUCAGACUGUAAAGAAAAGGACAUUUUCCAGUUUUCCGAUACAGAUACAGAUGACAUUUUUGACAAUGGUAUCAAGAAAGAAAAACAAAACAUAAUUUAUACCUAUAGCAGAAGAAUGUCCAUGAGGGGUGCUCUGCAGGCGUCUAAAAGGCUAUUUGAGAAAAUAAAGACUGAAGAGCAAGAUCAAACCAUCCCUGAAAUCAAAGAAGAAUGCAUAGAAACGGAAGUCUAAGAAACAAUUGACUCCCACCAAAUACCACUGAGUGAAGACUUCACAGGGGAUUUUGAUUUGGAGUUGGAAUCGGACCGCAAAAACUGUCCAUACUGCCCUGCAGUCUUUGAAUCGGGUGUUGGAUUGUCCAAUCAUGUCCGAGGGCAUCUUCAUCGGGUCGGACUGAGCUACAAUGCACGCCAUGUAGUGUCUCCUGAGCAGGUGGCAUCUCAAGACAGAAGGCCACGGAUUCGACGAAAGAUUUCAGCUUUCCGAAGAUUAAAAAAAGCGUUACAGCUGGAGUCAGAAUCUGAGACUGUGAAGAGCAUUCACUCCUGCCCGUUAUGUGGGGACUCAUUUGAUAACAGGACUGGACAGUCCAACCACAUUCGAGGCCAUCUCAAAAAGCUUGGUAAAAGUUUUGCAACAAAAAAUAAAUCCCCAUUAUUUUUACUCCGGGAGUUGAUGCGCGACAAGAAAGAGUUCCAGCGGGCACUUCAAAUUCUGGGAAAGAGACGGAACCAUUUCCAAUAUGGUGCUUCACCAAAGGUGUCCAAUGUUGAUAGUUUCACGCCGCCACCCAUUGGAUUCCCAAAAAGAAUUCUGAAGAAGAGGAAGUGUCAGGAAGACGGCAGAAUAAAGGGGUCUUCUCACAUGUCAAGAAACGUGUUUGCAGUUUCUUCAAACUGUGAGCACAGUUCCGGAUCAAGGGUUGCAUCUUCACUGCCAAAUUCGUUAUGCGAGAAAGGUGAAUUCAACCGGAAGGUGUGCGUCCACUGCAAUGCAACUUUCCACAGUGGAGUUAGCCUGUCUAAUCACCUCCGGGCGUAUACAAAACGAAAAAGGAAUGCCUUACUUGAGGGACACACAUUCGACUGUAAAGCAAGGAGGCAGCGCUCGAGGCCUGGCUCAAAGAAGAAGACACUGCCCUUACCACAGACUCCAGAGGAAAUGUACAGGCUCACCUGCAGGUUCUGUGACCUCGUCUUCCAGGGUCCCUUGUCAGUCCAGGAGGACUGGAUUAAACAUUUACAGAGACACAUUAUGAACACUAGUGUCCCUCACACCGGGCUGAGCAUGGUCGAGGUCCCCUUGCUGCCCACGGACCCCCCGACUCUCAAGACUGACCAAGACAGCUCUCUGACAGCCACACAUGCUGCAUCAUGAAGCCAAUGGGGACCUUUUUAGAGUUCACUGACAUGUAUGUGUAUGUGUAUGUACAUUGGAUGUUCUUUCACUCUCUUUUUCAAUGAGAAAACUGGCCAAAAGUACAAUAUUGCUCAAUGGAGAUAUUGUGCAUGUUUGGACAGAUAAUUAUAAGUUAAUUAUUUUGGAUAUUAUAAACUUUUCUGUUUUUACAUGGUCCAUUUUUUUGGAAAUACAAUUCCAAAUGGUCGGACUGUUUUCUUGUUUUAUGCAGUAAUGUAGUGUGGAAUCCAUUUCUAAUGAAGACAACUUUUACCUCCGAUUUCUCAUGGUUUGAGUCAGUUUUUGUCAACAUUUGGGAGCGCCUCUCUUCUGCAUCAAUAGUCACAUUUAAAAAGUUACAUAGAUCCAUGUUUCUUUUGUAUUGCAACACGUUUAAAUCAAAGCCCACAGCCUCUGUUUUCAGGCCACAGAGUUGGUGAGAUAAAUUCGUCUGAAAAUGACGGCACCUGAAAGCUCACAAUGAAGUUACUGGAAUCAAGAGUGGAAAAGAGAGCUACUGUACAAGAACAAAAGAAAAAUGUCUGCAAACUUAUUAUGCAUAGAAAGUGUUUUAUAGUAUUUCAAUAACUGCAUUGUUUCUAAUACAACAUUUUGACUGAU